AUUCUAGUUCAUUCUUUAUGACCCCAGACGCCAACAGAGUUUUAGAAAAUGGCGUUUCUACUAAGCUUGAUCGUGAUAUGUGUUGUGUCAAAAUGUUAAAAAAAGUGUAUAGAAAAAUUUAAAAAUGCGAUUAAAUUGAUCGUAAUGUGGCUGUAAGAGAUUAGUUGUGCUUAUGUGUAAAAAUGACAGCAAACAUGUAUAGGGUCGGAGAUUACGUGUACUUUGAGACGUCCUCGACGUCUCCGUACCAAAUCCGGCGCAUCGAAGAGUUGAAUAAAACAACAUCGGGAAAUGUGGAAGCGAAGGUGAUGUGCUUUUAUAGGCGAAGGGAUUUGCCAGGUCCUCUUAUUCAACUCGCCGAUAAACACCAAUGUGCCUUAGAUGAGUCGAAUGGAGGGAGCCAGAUUAGCGAAAGAAAUGACAAUUUUACACCAAAGCAACGCCACCAAAUGAAGCAUCGCGAGUUAUUCUUGUCUCGACAGGUCGAAACCUUACCGGCGACUCAUAUAAGAGGAAAAUGUUCGGUGACAUUAUUUAACGAAACAGAAUCUCUAGCAUCUUAUUUAAAUAAGGAUGAUAUGUUCUUCUACUGUUUAGUAUUUGAUCCUACGCAAAAAACUCUGCUGGCAGAUAAGGGAGAAAUACGCGUCGGUAGUCGGUAUCAGUGCGACGUGACUUCGCUUCUUAAAGACGGUGAAAGUGACGGACGUGAGUUAACCGAACUUGAGACGUUAGUGUGGACGCCAGAACAUAAUUUAAGUGACAGACAAAUUGAUCAAUUUUUAGUUGUUGCGCGAUCGGUAGGUACUUUUGCUCGGGCGUUAGACUGUAGUUCAAGUGUUAAGCAACCGUCGUUACACAUGUCGGCGGCGGCCGCCAGCCGAGACAUUACAUUAUUCCACGCCAUGGAUACUUUACAUCACCAUACAUACAAUCUUGCCAGUGCUCUGUGUUCGUUGGUACCGUCGAGCGGUCCGGUUUUGUGCAGGGACGAAAUGGAAGAGUGGAGUGCGUCCGAGGCAAACCUGUUCGAGGAGGCUUUAGAUAAAUACGGUAAAGACUUCAACGAUAUUCGCCAAGACUUCCUGCCGUGGAAAACGCUGAAAAACAUCAUCGAAUACUAUUACAUGUGGAAGACAACCGAUCGGUACGUGCAACAAAAACGAGUUAAAGCGGUCGAAGCCGAAUCGAAGCUAAAACAAGUUUACAUUCCUAACUACAAUAAACCAAAUCCUGCGGCAUUGAACAACAACAAGGGAGGCAUUGUGAAUGGCAGCAGUAAUGGCAGCUCCGAAUCUGUCGUCUCUCUUGGUGGAAAAGCUUGCGAAUCUUGUAGCGUGACUGUGUCAAGCCAGUGGUAUGCUUGGGGUCCGACUCAUAUGCAGUGUCGAUUGUGUCAAGUCUGCUGGAAUUACUGGAAACGCUACGGCGGUCUUAAGGUGCCGACAAGAUUUGGAGAAGGCGAUUUUGAUAUGCUCGGCAAAAAGAAAUCGGGUAGUGACGUCGACGAAGACAAAGUGUCCCCCAUAAUGUCUCACAGACCACACAGGUGUAACAUUGGCGGUUGUGGAAAGGAGUUCAAACUAAAAGCGCACUUGGGGCGCCACUACGCGACCGCCCACGGAAUUGUAGUCCGUUCAGGAUCGCCGAGACCGAUUAUGAAGACGAGAACGGCGUUUUAUUUGUGUACAACACCUUUAACGAAACUUUCGAGACGCUUGUGCAGACACAUAAUGAAACCGCGACACGCCGCUCGGGCGCCAUUCUUCCCCAUCAAUAUACAAGCGGUUAAACAAGAGUGCGGUACUCAAAUGACUGGCAAAUCUCUUGUAGAACUUAGACAGUUAUUAGUGUAUAGACGAAAAGAUAGAGGUAGUGUUACUAAUAUCGCCACAAGGUUAGGUAAUCCCGGUAAUGUCGUGCCCCAGUGGCUUAUAUUGACGGAUAAGGACAGUUUGCCGAAACCCGAACGGGUCGCGUUUCCAAAACCACCUAAGGCUCCAGACGGCAGUCUACUUUACGAACGAGUUCCUAACAAGCCGGAAGCCGAGAAAAUUUCUCUCAACAACAUGUCGCCUUCGCUGAAACGACGGGCGUACGAUGAAAUGAACGGAAUUGAUGGCUUUUAUUCUGAUUUGGACUGGGACGAUGGGGCCGUUUUGGCCGGGCCACCAACCAAAAGGCCUAGCAAAGAUCCGGCACCCCAGCAGCGGCUAGUACCGGAUCAAUACGCCGCGGUUAUGGCUGCCGCCAUGACGUCUGGCCAAACACUACCUCGUCACAUAGCUCAAAUUAAUGGUAAACCCAAAAUUGCACACAUGACUCGAACGGGGUCCGGUCGGAAGCAGGUUAUUAGUUGGAUGGAUGCACCUGAUGAUGUUUACUUUCGAGCGACAGAUGGAAGCAAGAAAGUGAGAAGACAGGUAACGUCAUCCGACCUACGCAGAGCCGCGCGCAAGCCAUGGAGGGUGUUAAAAACCAAAGCAGACGAUCUACAAGUUGUCGUACUCGACUGAUAAUAACUCAGCGCUGCGCUCAUGUAAUGUCUACAGGGGCACAAAUUAAAAGUUACUGAACUUAAAUUCAAUCACCGCUAGCAAUAUCACAAAAGUUUUAUACAGUGAGUUUGAAAGGAAGGUUUUGUAUUUAUUGGCAGACAGUGUGAGGGAUUUUAUAUUUAUAGAUAUAUUCUUCUUCUUUAUCUCUUUUUUCUGUCUCACUACGCACACUUUCUAAUAUUAAUUGUAUAUACGAUAUAUAUAUUUUUGAGUUUAGUGACGUGGAGUGCUGAUGAGUUAUUAAAACCAGUUGUAACGCAAUGAUCUCGUUAUUGUUUACUAUGCAAGUGUCGGAUGGUGCCACUUUUGUAUCUUAUGUAGAAAAAUGGGCUGGAUUAUUUUGUUUGCGAGGAGUAAUUAGUACCCUUUUGUUCAAAUGAUUGUUUAUUUAACCAGAUACUAAACCAAUUCAUAAUAACACAAUGCUUUAAUGGCAAAUGCACCAAAAUGGUUCUACAUUGAAAUGACAAUGAAACUGACAUAAAUUUGGACGUUUUAUGCGGUAUAAAGCUGAUUGAAAUAGCGAAACGAUUCCCUUGCAUUAAUUGUUAACGGAACUUAUAUAAUAAAAUUUUAUUAUAAAGGUAGUUACAAAUAGGUAGAUGGUAUAAAUUCUGUUACUGUUAAUGUUGUUAUUAUUAGUAGCGUAUGUAUAGUCAAUGUGUGAUAAAUUGUGUUCAUUGGCUAAAAGCCAUUGAGUUAAUGAUCCGUACCUGAAAACUGGCCCAUUUUUCUCGACUAACCAUCGUAUUUUACGAAACAACUACGGUUAAUUUUUUUAACUAAGCAUUGUAAGUACACGAUUUUGUUGUAAUUAUUAUUACAAAGUAUACCAAAACAUAAAAUAGUAUGUAAUGUAAGUACAAUAAAGCAUUUAAAUUUUAAAACCUACAGAUUUUUUUCAGGCGAACACAUUUAGGCUAUGUAUACAAUCGGAUUUUACUUCCGUUUUAACGUCUAUGUCAUUUGGGGGAGAGGGAGGGGGGCGCAUUGUAAAAUGUAAUAACUUCAGUUAUAAAAAGUCAAUGGUGCUUAUUUUAAUGUAGUCAUGCAAUAAGUGCAUACUUUUAUUCUUUUUGUCAAAUUAUUUAUUGCUAUUAAUAAUUCUCUUUUGUAAUUAUGAUGUAAAUAGUAGUUCAAAAAUAGUGAUAUUGUUAGAAGGUGAUAACAGUGUAAAUUGUAUAAUUUGUAUAAUGGCAAUAAUUGAAGUGUGACUACUUAAAAGAAAUGGUAAGAUAAACCAGGACUUAGUCGGAAGAAACUGCUGGAAAUUGUGUAGAUAUCAUUUAAUUUAAAUAAAUGGCGUUUCUUACUUCUUUAGGAAAGUUCGUAACUAUGAAUGGUAGUUUAAUUUACAUUUUUUUCAUAAAUAAAAACUAUGAAGCACUGAGA